UCAAAGGAGUAAAGCAAGUGAAGUUCAAAAAUGAGCUUCUCGAGUUCGAAGUAUGGAAGCUGGAUAUGGAGGCCAAUGAUAUGUGGAUACAGAUGGCAUCAAAGAUUAGAGAAGUAGCUAGAAAAGUACUUGGAGAGUCUAAAGGACAUGAACCACCCUCAAAAGAGAGAUGGUGGUGGAAUGAGGAAGUACAAAAGGCAGUGAAGAGAAAAAAGGAAUGGUAUAAGAAAUUACCUAAAUGUGAUAAUAAUGAGACAUAUGAACAGUACAAGAUAGCAAAAAAAGAGGCAAAAAAGGCAGUUAGUCAAGUAAGAGCACAGGCCUUUGAAAAGUUAUAUAAGAAGCUUGGAACUAAAGAAGGGGAGAAAGAUAUUUAUAGAUUAGCAAGGAGGAGAGAAAGGAAAUGUCAAGAUCUGAAUCAAGUUAGGUGCAUUAAGGAUAAAGAAGGAAAAGUGUUGGUGAAAUAUGAGGACAUUAAAGAAAGAUGGAGAAAUUAUUUUAAUAAUCUCUUUAAUAAUAGUCAAAAUGGUAAUAGCGUGAAUAUAGACUAUAAAAUAAUAGAAAAGAAUGUGAAUUAUACUAGAAAGAUUAGAUCUUUAGAAGUAAAGGAAGCACUUAAGAGAAUGAAAGUGGGUAAAGCCUGUGGACCCGAUGAAAUACCAAUUGAAGUGUGGAAGUGUGGAAGUGUUUGGGAGAUAUGGGAGUGGCAUGGUUAACUAAAUUAUUUAAUAAGAUUCUAAACUCAAAGAAAAUGCAUGAUGAAUAGAGGAGUAU